AUGGGAAAGUAUACGCGAUCACCAUCCCACGCGGGGAGCUGGUAUGAGAAGGACGGAGAUACGCUCACGAAACAAAUAGAACAGUGGAUGGCGGAAGCACUGGUGGAGCCCAACAUUCCAGUACGCGCCAUUAUUGCUCCGCACGCGGGGUACCGGUAUUGUGGCCAUGUGAUGGCCCACGCCUACAAGCAAAUCGAUCCCACACAAGUGUCGAGAGUCUUUCUCCUGGGCCCCAGCCAUCAUGUGUACACCCAGCAGUGCAUCUUGUCAUGGGCAGAUGCAUACCGCACACCUCUGGGGGAUAUCCCAAUCGACAAGGAAGUGACUGCACACCUGCAGAGCACGGGCAUGUUUGAUAAUAUGGACCAGGAGACAGACGAGGCAGAACACAGCUUAGAGCUUCAUUUGCCGUAUAUUUUUCAUGCACUACGGAGCCGAGAUUUCAGCCUGGUACCCAUCAUGGUUGGCACCCUUUCUGCUGGGAGUGAAGAAGCAUAUGGGAAGAUCCUUGGUCCCUACCUGGAUGACCCAUGCAAUUUCUUUGUCAUUUCAUCCGACUUCUGUCAUUGGGGCUCGCGAUUCCGAUACACACCUUACGACCCGGCACAGGGUCCAAUUUGGAAAUUCAUAGAGUACAUGGAUCGCAAGGGCAUGGAGGCAAUCGAAACGACCGAUGCGUCCGUGUUCAGAAGUUAUAUCCAGAAAACACGCAACACGAUUUGUGGCCGCCACCCCAUCGGAGUCUUCCUCAAUAUGCUGCGCCAUAGCCGCUCCAAACACAAGAUCGAAUUCAAGUACUACGAUCAAUCGAGCCAGUGCGAGACCAAGGGCGACUCGAGUGUGAGCUAUGCGGCCGCAGUGGCAACCCCCCUUAGCUAA